AAACUUAUUGAAAGUCAGAUCUUGAAAGACUGAAAGCUCUGAUAUCAUCUUUUCACCUGCACACAAAUAAAGAACAAGUGUCACUGGACCUGUCAUCAUAUAAAAGGUCAGCAUGGGCGACUGGGGAUUCCUCUCCAAGCUUUUAGACAAAGUGCAGUCUCACUCAACCAAUAUUGGGAAAGUGUGGCUGACGGUUCUGCUGAUCUUCAGAAUAAUGGUUCUUGGAGCUGGACUGGAUAAAGUCUGGGGAGAUGAACAGUCCAGUAUGGUCUGCAACAUCAAAACUCCUGGUUGCUUGAACGCGUGCUACGACCACAUCUUCCCCAUUUCCCACAUGCGAUUCUGGGUGCUCCAAAUCAUCUUUGUGGCCACGCCAAAUCUGGUCUACCUCUGCUACGUUCUGCACGUCAUCCACAAGGAAAACAAACUGAGGCUGCAUUUACAAAACCAGGCAGAGAAAUGUGGCGUAAAACUGCCCAAAUACACUGAUGACAACGGGAAGAUUUAUUACAAAGGGAGCCUGCUUGGUUGCUAUAUGUUGAGUAUCAUUGUGACCAUUUUGUUUGAAGCCGGGUUCAUUGUGGCCCAGUACUAUUUAAUCGGCCUUUGGAUGCCCACACAGCUAGAAUGUAAGGUAGAUCCUUGCCCUGCAGUCGGUCUGCAUUGUUUUACAUCCCGCCCAACUGAAAAGACCGUCUUCAUUGUCUUCAUGCUCAUUGUGGCAUGUGUGUCUUUAGCUUUAAAUCUAGGAGAGAUAUUCUAUCUGAUGGGUCGUAGAGGUGAACACAAGAGGAGGACGCCUGCAGUAGCUGAGAUGCAGAAAUUAACCCCCACUGAGAUAUUUUGCUGAAUGAAACUGUCUGAAAUGACAGCAUAUUUCCCGUAAAGCUUACUGUAUCUACUAACUUUGUAAUG